AUGGCCCCUGAACCACAAGUCGUCGUCGAAGGUGCUGAGGGAGCUUCUGUGAAUCCGCAGGUUGCGGCUGUGAAAGCUUCUCUUGCCAAAGUUUCCGAAUCCUUUCAAGCAGCGAUCGCUCAGCAACGUCCUUGGGCCGAGGUAGUAGACAGGUCUCAGAUUGCCAAACCCGAGGGUUUCAACGAUGCAGUCAGCAGGAUUCGAAAGAACAUUGUGUAUUUCAAGGCCAACUACCUUGCUAUCAUCCUCGGGAUGGUCGCUCUCAGCAUCCUCUGGAACCCUGUCUCCAUUUUCUGGCUCGGAAUUCUGGGUGCAGCCUGGGUCUAUCUCUUCAUGAUUCACUCCCAGCCGCUGGUGAUUGGAGGAAGGGUCUUGAGCGAAACUGAGAAGCUUUUGGGCAUGAUAGCGAUCUCAGUUCUGGUGAUCUUCGGCCUGACAAAAGUUGGUUCCGUCCUUAUGUCGGGUGUGACACUAGGACUUGUCGCGAUCACCGUCCACGCAUCCCUAAGAGUGCCUGAUGACUUGUUCAUCGACCAAGGCCCUGCACCUGGCAGCUACAUGUCAUUCCUAGGAGGAAUUAACAACCCGCAACCUGUGUCCGUUGGAGUUUAG